GAGGGGAGGGCUGGCUCUCCCCUGCUCGCACCCCCCCCCAUUCUGAGGCUCAGCCCUCCUCUGCGCCCACCAUCUCGGGGCUCCUGGACCGUAGGGGACCCCUUGCAGUCCCCAGAGCUGAGGCCAGCAGGGACAGAGACUAUGAGGCAAGCGGCCCACCGACCCAGGCCUCCUUAGGACCAGCCGACCGCCCAGCGAGCGGGAAAGCAGCAAGCAGCAGCAGAGAGGGGGCAGGAGAUAAAGGACCCCAGCGGACGGUUGAGGAUCACCCCCAGCAGCUCCUGCACGCCCCAGCCAGGCCGAGGGUCGUGAUGGAUGGCCAGACUCGCAGACGCUGACGGACAUGCGAUGACACCGAGGCACAGAGCUGCACAACGCGGAGCGGCUCGGAUACAACCAGUGACAGCAUCACACGCUGCCACAGCCCUGCAACACGGACACCCCUCCCCCCCCACAGAGAAACAACCGGUAACUCCGACACAGGCACAGUGACACGCAGAACCACUACCCCCAACACGCACGAGUGGGGGCAUCCGUCCUCCAAACACACGCGAGGCAGCGCUGCCUGGGACGCACGGAGCUGGAGACACGCGCCGACCCUCACCCGGGCGCUACUGGUCGUGGCCUCUGCCAUCCGCCCUGCCCCCGCGGGGACAUCCUCGCGCGUCCACACACCCGCGCACACACACAGCCACGAGCAAACAUAGCCCGCAUACCCCCAGCUUCGGCUCUGGCAGCUCCGACUCCCGCAGCCUCCUUUGUGGGUGAGGAAGAAGGGCCAACCUCGGAUGGAGCCUCGGUGAAGCUAAGAGCUCAGGGAGGAGAGGGUCUGGCCCGGCAUGACCCUCGCCAGCCCCUCCGCUUGGCUGGGUCAUGUCCCCCGGCCCGGGUCCUGGGGCCCCUUGGCAGUAUCAUGGAGCAACUGACACCCCUCCCACGGCUGGGGGACCCCAGAGCCAUGGAGCCAUGGGCCCUGCCCGCCUGGCAGAGCUGGACUCCGGGCCAGGGGCGCAAACCUGGAGGCGCAAGCCCAAGCAUCGCUGAUACUCCAGCAGCUCUGCAGGGUGCAGGGCUGAGGCCCGAGGAGAGCUCUGAGCCUGAGGGAGCCCAGAGCCCCGGGGCUAUGGGGGGCAUUGACACCGAAGGAACCAAAACUGGGCUGCCCGGCCUGAGGCACCAAGCAGCGAGCUCCAGACCCAGCUGCCCGAGGCUGGAGGACGAGGAGGUGGAGGCUCUCCCUAAGGGCAAGCUGAACAUGGGCUGCGGGGACAGGCCCAAUCCGGAGCUGCUGAGGGCCCUGGGGGAGCUGCAGCAGCGCUGUGCCAUGCUUAAGGAGGAAAAUCAGAUGCUGAGGAAGAGCAGCUUCCCUGAGACAGAGGAGAAGGUGCGGAGGCUGAAGCGGAAGAAUGCCCAGCUGGCGGUCAUUGCCAAGCGCCUGGAGGAGAGGGCCCGGAAGCUGCAGGAGACUAACCUGAAGGUGGUGAGCGCCCCUGUGCCCCGACCUGGGGCCAGCUUGGAGCUGUGCCGGAAGGCCCUGGCCCAUCAGCGAGCCCGAGACCUCAAUGAGACAGCCAGCGCCCUGCUCGCUAAGGACAAGCAGAUCGCUGCCUUGCAGCGGGAAUGCAGGGAGCUGCAGGCCAGGCUCACCCUGGCUGGCAAGGAGGGCCCCCAGUGGCUCCACGUGCGGGACUUCGACCGGCUGCUGCGCGAGUCCCAGCGGGAGGUGCUGCGGCUGCAGAGGCAGAUCGCCCUGCGCAACCAGCAGGAGCCGUCGGCGCCGCCUCGGCCCCCGGGCCCCGCGGCCCCGGUGCCAGCCCCCAUCCCUGGGCAUUUCCAGGCCACGGCCCAGGAGGACGUGGAGAACCCACCCGUGGUCCUAGGGGAGCCCGAGAGACAGCAGAGAGUGCAGCAGCUGGAGUCAGAGCUCAGCAAGAAGCGAAAGAAAUGUGAGAGCCUGGAACAGGAAGCCCGGAAAAAGCAGAGGCGAUGUGAAGAGCUGGAACUGCAGCUGAGAGAAGCCCAGAAUGAGAAUGCCCGCCUCGUGGAGGAGAACUCUCGGCUCAGUGGGAGAGCCACAGAAAAGGAGCAGGUGGAGUGGGAGAAUGCAGAGCUGAGGGGCCAGCUCCUGGGGGUGACGCAGGAGAGGGACUCGGCCCUUCGCAAGAGCCAGGGCCUGCAGAGCAAGCUGGAGAGCCUGGAGCAGGUGCUGAAGCACAUGCGGGAGGUGGCCCAGCGGAGGCAGCAGCUGGAGGUGGAGCAUGAGCAGGCCCGGCUCAGCCUGCAGGAGAAGCAGGAGGAGGUCCGGAGGCUGCAGCAGGCCCAGGCAGAAGCCAAGAGGGAACAUGAAGGGGCCGUGCAGCUGCUGGAGUCGACCCUGGAUUCCAUGCAGGUCCGGGUUCGAGAGCUGGAGGAGCAGUGCCGCACCCAAACAGAACGCUUCAGCCUCCUGGCACAGGAGCUCCAGGCCUUCCGCCUGCACCCUGGCCCCUUGGAUCUACUCACCUCUGCCCUGGGCUACAGUACCCUUGGGGACCACCCCCCACCCCCCUGCUGCUGCUCUACUCCCCAGCCCUGCCGGGGAUCCGGCCCCAAAGCAAGACUGUGUGGUCAUGGCUAG